AUGAAUCCCCGUCUAGAGAAAGAUCAAGCUAUAGAUUUCAAACGUUAUUAUUUAUAUGGCUUUCUCAUAAACCUCAUCCCAAUAUAUGUCUUCUAUCCUAUAAGGACUGUUAAAACAAUUCAACAGUCUAAUAUAGGGACGUCCUCUACUACUUCUAUGGGAAAAGUUUUUUCUGAAAGAAUAAAAACCCAAGGCGUUCGUAGUUUUUUUAAAGGUGUAGGUGUUCAUGGGUUAGGUAGUAUUAGUGGACGUUUGGUUCAUUUUUCUACUUAUGAUGCAUUAAGAGACAUGGUAUAUAAAGGGAAAGGUGGAUAUGUUGGGUUAGGUUGGUUAGAAGGCCGUAAUCAUACAACUAUUAAUGCCUUUUUGGGAACUUUGAGUGCUAUGAUAACUUCAAGUUUUAUGAUCCCUUUUGAUGUAAUUUCUCAACAGCUGCAAGUUUCGAGAUCUGCUCAUUUCUCUACUAAUAAUAUUAAUCAGACAAAUAACACUUCUACCACUCUUAAAAGAGCAAUUUCUACCGCUACGACAUCUAAUCAUCAACCAAUUUAUGUCGUUACAUCUCCUCGUGAUACACAUUUAACACAUAAUAUUAAUGACUCACAUUUACGUUCAAUCUCAUUAAAAAAUAAUUUUAUUACACGUCUAAAACCAAAAGAUGUUCCCCUUCACCGUUUUCUUUAUCGUGGUUGGGCUGCUGCUACCGCAACUUUCACUUCUGCGCCUUUUGAUGUUGUAAAGACAAAAAUACAGGUCGCACGUGAAGCGGGACAAAAGGAAUUAAGGUGGUUGAACAUGGCUACAAGUAUUGUAAAGACUGAAGGUUUAAAAGGUUUAUUUGUUGGAAUGUCUGCUAGAAUGUGGAUUAUCGUUCCAUUGGGUAGUUUAAAUUUCUGGGUAUUUGAAAAAGUAAGGGAUUGGAGUAUUGUAAAAGUUCCGUUGAAUGAUGAUUAA